AUGCGUAUGUCGCCAGACACGCGCGGCCUGCCCGUCGAACUCUUGCAGAUCGUGGCUGGCUUAUGUGGCCAGAAGACUCUCAAGUCUCUCAUGCGCACCUCUCGUCUUUUCUCGAACAUCGCCCGACCGCUUCUGCUGCGACGGCUACAUGUUCGAUCGGCUGACGUUCUAUACAUGACGGUCGACGACAUUCCUCUCUGGUCACUGGUGAACAUGAUCACCAUCGGACCUCAAGUUCCGCCGCAUGCAUUUCCCAUCCUUCCCAACGUCACGACUUUGCGAUGGUCCUGUCUUGACAUGGGCGCACCGUCGACGCAGUCAUCUGUACUGUCCUCUUUCUUGUGGCAGUUUCCUGUCCUUUCGGACCUGGAAGUUCGCGUCCACGUGCACAGCGUCGCCGUUCUCGUUCGGGGCCUGUCCACGAUGUCGUCCAAGCUGUCCACCCUUCAAGUCGGUUUCUUGGGAGCGGUAGAGGCUUCGUCAGACGAUCAGUCCCUCGAUCUGGCUUCAUUACGCCGUCUAGUGCUAUUGGAUGACGAACCGUUCCCGAUUCGUGAUCUCCUCACGACCGACGUCCUCGGCAGGACCAGCCAUCUGCGACAGCUACGGCUGCCACGGUUUAUGACGUGGGUCGAGUUUGUGCAUUGCAUGGACGGUGUAGCGGGGUAUCUGUACGUGUUGGAGCUGCCAAGUUUUCAGGGUAUCGACAACUACGAGCUUCGUACCCGUCGUCCAAUGAUUUCCUUGACGACUAUCCUCUUCGAGAUCAACGAGCCAAAUGAUAGCGAGCGAUGGGAGUGGGCGUUCAUCCAAGAAUUUCUCUUUGCCUUUCGAUGCACGCGGGUUGCGGACAGUCUGGACACCGUCCAUAUCCGCAUAGAUGCAUCACAUGCUCGCGACGUCUGCUUGUGGGGACCUGACGCUCCAGCGCUCUUCUAUGGACAGCACGCGCAGACGCAAGAAGUACGAUGGGAUUCGUGGUUGCGUAGCGUUAAACAUUUUCCUCACCUCAAGAUAACUGUUUUCACCAAGUACGCAGAAGGAUCUCGUUCAAUUGUGGCGCUUCGGAAGUACGUACAGGCGUCUCUGGCCCUCAUUCCUCCACCUACAUUAGAUGUACAUGUUGUUCCUAGGGAGUAG